AUGUCGCCCGAUUCUUCCGCGUUUUCUCCUUCUCGCGCAGUUUUUGGAAGGACCUUAUCUACUCGUCGCAGCCUCGCCCUCAAGGCCCUCUCGCUCGUGAGCUUUCCGGGAUCGUCAACCAUUACUCUGCUAGCAAAUCCCGGAGACACUGGCGGAGAUAUCGGCGGAGAUAUCGGCGGAGAUACCGGCAGUGGCGGCGAAAUUGGGGGAGGGGGCGAUGCGGGGGAAGGCGGAGAACCUGGCGGACCUGGCGGAGACGUCGGCGGCGAUCAGGGCGGUCCUGAGGGCCCCCCUGGUGGCGACAACGGGGAUACCGCCAGUGGCGGAGAUCCCGGCAGUGGCGGCGACGUUGGGGGAGGCGAGGACGGCCCGCCACUGAUCGGCGCUGGCGGAAAGGGAGGAAAGGGCGGAAAGGGAGGGAAAGGUGGAAAGGGCGGAAAGGGAGGAAAGGGCGGAAAGGGAGGGAAAGGGGGCAAGGGGGGAAAGGGAGGGAAACCUGGUAACCAGCAGGGUGGAGCUGGCGGAGAGCAGGGGGAAGCUGGCGGAGAGCAAGGGGGAGCUGGCGGAGAGCAGGGGGGAUCUGGCGGACAGCAGGGAGGAUCUGGUGGAGAGCAGGGCGGGGCUGUUGAGGGGCAGGGGGGGUCAGGGGGGGCGGAUGGUAGCCAGACUGGGGGCAUAACGAGCACCGGAAAGGGCGGAAAGGGAGGAAAGGCUGGGAAAGGCGGAAAGGGUGGGAAAGGAGGGAAAGGGAGCAAGGGGGGAAAGGGAGGGAAACCUGGUAACCAGCAGGGCGAACCUGGCGGAGAGCAAGGGGGAUCUGGCGGAGAGCAAGGUGGGGCAGGCGGAGAGCAGGGGGGAUCCGGCGGAGACCAGGGAGGACCCGGCGGAGAGCAGGGGGAAUCUGGUGGAGGGGCUGGCGGGGAGCAGGGUGGGGCGGAUGGUAGCCAGACUGGGGGCACAACGAGCACCGGAAAGGGCGGAAAGGCUGGGAGGGGCGGAAAGGGUGGGAAAGGAGGGAAAGGGGGCAAGGCCUGCGUCGCCUUCCUAUUGGCCUCUCUGGUGCGUGUGUGCAUACAACCCUCCCUCAUCUCUCCCCAUUCGCAUUCACAUGGGGGGUCAUUGCAGCCUGCGUCGCCUUCCUAUUGGCCUCUCUGGUGCGUGUUUUCAUACAACCCUCCCUCAUCUCUCCCCAUUCGCAUUCACAUGGGGGGUCAUUGGAGCCUGCGUCGCCUUCCUAUUGGCCUCUCUGGUGCCUGUGUUCACAUCCCUUCUGCUAUAAACACCUCUUUCGGACCUUCCUCUCCUGUCGUCGCCCUCUCUAGAGCAACGGGUGCUGCAGCGUCCCUUGCAGCACAGCACGCGUCCCAUGCAGCACAGCAAGCCGUCCAAGCAGCAGAGACACACCCCACUGCCCCAGCAGAGCCAGCAACGUCCGCCACUCCUGCUGCGACCUCUUCCUCCCUGCAUCUUCUACAGCCUGUGCGUGCCUUGCAACACAGCAAGCUGUCCAAGCAGCACAGCAAGCUGUCCAAGCAGCACAGCAAGCUGUCCAAGCAGCACAGCAAGCUGUCCAAGCAGCACAGCCACACCCCGCUGCCCCAGCAGAGCCAGAUGCGCAUGCUGCACGGCAAGCAACCGCCCCUGCCUCUGCUGCGACCCCACCAUCCUCGCUUCACGUGCUACAGCCAAGAGGGAGUGCGAGUGCAGCACGUGGCAUGCUUCCUCCUCGCUCUGCUGCUCCCCGGAGCACACGUGGCCUUCCAUCCCGCCGACUUCCACGCCCUGCCUCCCUUUCGCCUGCUGCGAAUCCUCUCUGCCGGCAUAUGGCACAACAUGGUGGUGAGUGCUGGCAUAUGGCACAACAUGGUGGUGAGUGCUGGCAUAUGGCACAACAUGGUGGUGAGUGCUGGCAUAUGGCACAACAUGGUGGUGAGUGCUGGCAUAUGGCACAACAUGGUGGUGAGUGCUGGCAUAUGGCACAACAUGGUGGUGAGUGCUGGCAUAUGGCACAACAUGGUGGUGAGUGCUGGCAUAUGGCACAACAUGGUGGUGAGUGCUGGCAUAUGGCACAACAUGGUGGUGAGUGCUGGCAUAUGGCACAACAUGGUGGUGAGUGCUGGCAUAUGGCACAACAUGGUGGUGAGUGCUGGCAUAUGGCACAACAUGGUGGUGAGUGCUGGCAUAUGGCACAACAUGGUGGUGAGUGCUGGCAUAUGGCACAUCCAAGCACUGCUCUUCUUCCGCUCUACUCCUAGUCCCCCCCCAGGCCUCAAGGUACGUCCCUCCCCGUAUGUUCCAUUUCCUAGUAAAGAACGACUCUGCGUUUGCUUCAAGCCGUGUGCCUCAAGCCGUGUAACUCCAUCAUGCCUUUCCCCCGUUAUAGUCACAUAUGACAUCCGUGUGUGGUUUCUUCCCACCCCACCCCCAGGUUACAUCCGUGCAUCCGCUCUCCCCUCUCUUCAGUCACAUUCGCCCAGGAGACUCCUUACUAGCUCUGGACCACACUCCGCUUUCCUCUCCUGCCGACUGCACUCAUCUCCUCUCCCAUCUCUCCCACCUCUCCAAUCUCUCCUACCCUCUGCCUCCUUCCAUCCCUCCCUCACCUCCUUCCCGUGGGUAUUGCAUUUCCCUUUUGGCCAAUCACGAGCUGCCACCUGGAUUCCUGACUCCUCCGGCCUUUCCGGCCAAUGA